AUGCUAAAUAUGAUGCAUCAAAUUAUGCAUUCUCAAUCCAAAACCGAUCCAUCCAUCGUUUUGCCUACUCCAUCAUUCAAAAGUUCCUUUAAUAACUCUUUGGAUUCAAACUUGUUUCACCAUGAUUCACCAAAGUUUGAUAGAUCAACUCCCACUACUGCAAAUGAAUCUUCAGACAAUCAAUUUAGUUCUUUCAGUUCCAUUUACCCUAGAACUAUCUCUAAACAAAAUCUCACCACUACCCAUAACCUGUACUAUAUCUCUGAUAAGUCAGAGUUUGAGCAAUGGAUUCGCUCGUUUGCAUCACAUCUUAGAUCACAAGACUUGGAAUUUGUAUUCUCCAAAUCCAAAACAGAUAAUCUCACUCCAGAUAUCGACUGCAAGAAAUAUAUUGUUAACAUAUUUCAAACCUAUGUCCAUGUCAAAGCCUAUCCGACUUGGUUUCAAGAUGACUUAAACACUGGUUACCACUCAGUAUACAAUCUUAGCGAAUGUGCCUAA